UCCCGGCUGAAAGUACCAAACGCGGGUUUCCGAGGCGGGCGUUUCUGCUGUCGGCGUCUCCCUACAGGAAAUACGUUUCAGAUUUCUUUGGAUUUCAUUGAUUUUUUUUUUUCUGUGUGAAUCAGCAAAAGACCCAGAAAGUCUUGGAGUUUUUUAUAUUGAAGACAAUGUCUGGAAGCUUCUACUUUGUAAUUGUUGGCCACCAUGAUAAUCCAGUUUUUGAAAUGGAAUUUUUGCCACCUGGGAAAGCAGAAUCCAAAGAUGAUCACCGUCACCUGAACCAGUUUAUAGCCCAUGCUGCUCUUGACCUUGUGGAUGAAAACAUGUGGCUUUCUAAUAACAUGUACUUAAAAACUGUGGACAAAUUCAAUGAGUGGUUUGUAUCAGCAUUUGUCACUGCAGGACAUAUGAGAUUUAUUAUGCUUCAUGAUGUGAGGCAAGAAGAUGGAAUAAAGAAUUUCUUUACUGAUGUCUAUGAUUUGUAUAUAAAGUUUGCAAUGAAUCCAUUUUAUGAACCCAAUUCUCCUAUUCGAUCAAGUGCAUUUGACAGGAAAGUCCAGUUUCUUGGGAAGAAACACCUUUUAAGCUAAAUGGAGAAAAACUGAAAUAAACAGUAUCACUGUCGUGGGCUAUACUCAGGAAUGUGUGCGCUGUAAGUAAUUUGAAAUAGCCUGGAAAACGUUCACUUAAAAUUGUACAGUGUUUUCAUGUUGAUUAUCAGCAUUAAUAUUUGCUUGUCGAGUGUUAUUUAUAAAGAAUUCUUUACCAGUAAUUUAAACAUUUUUAUUUAAAAGCUUGAGAAUGAACUUUUGCCUUUCCUGAUUGAGAUAAUUUGAUCUUAACUUAUUAAAUUCAAAAGCAAAUGUCAUAGUUAAUAUUUGUUAGAUUUAAAACUAAAAGCUUCUGCAGACAUGAAUGAAAUUGAAUUAUUAAUACUUUUAGAGAUAGUCUUUUUAAAUGCGUAAUACACUACAGUACCAAGAAUCUGAAGCAGAAAGCCUCUGCCAUACCAAGUGUUACAUGCCUACCUGCCUGUCGGGCUGAGAAUAGUGAUCCUGCUAUGACUCUCUAUCCUAGACCCGUGUACACUGCAUCAGUUACAGGCCACUGCAAAAUGUAUUGCCUCUGUUACCUUAUAUUCCUGUUUCCUUUCUCUUAGUAAACUAAAAGUUGAAUGUACUUGUAUCUGUACUUAAAAAUGUAAUAGAGCUUUGGUAUUACUAAUAAAAGCCUGAGUUACACUGACAUUUGUACUUAGCCUUUUAGACAGUAUACAGAGUGGGAGGUGGCAGGUGUGGCUUCUAUAAGAAAUGUUGGUUUGAUUUUACAAUAGUAUAUAUGCAUGGAAAAUCAAGUAAACCAGCUUUCCAUGUAUACACUGGGAGACUUUUCCAUUCUCAUUUUUGAGUAAGCAGUUCUAACUAAGCCUUCUUGGAACUUUUUGUGAAGUUGUUACCAUCGCUCUGAGUUCUUAAAUAAAAACUUACAUUCAAGAUUGUAGUAGUUAGAUGCCUAUUUCUAAAAUCCAGCCCAACACCAAUACUUUUUAAAUCCCAUUUCCCUACUGAUGUCUGAAAACUAAUGUGGUAGGUACAUCUCACCCAAUUUAACAGCUCAGAUCACAGAUCACCUCUCAACUAGCUGUCAAAGGCACAAGAGGUGUUACUCAGCAGUUAAGAGUAUCUUCUGUUCUUGCAAAUGACCCAGGUUGGCUUCCCAGUACCUAGGUGGAGCAGUUCUAGAAGGAUCCAGUGACUCUGGCCUCCUUGAGCACCUGUACUUAAAGGCACAUACUAUUAAAAAUAUUUUUUUAAAAAUUUGAACAAUGCUAAUAGGAGAGACCCAAAUAUGUACUUAUCAUAUACCACUUGUUUCACCCUCAGUGAGCACAGAACCCACACCCAGGAAGGUGCUAUAAUUCCAGACAACCAAACAGUAUCAUAUUAUAGCAUGAAGUCAAGGGUGAGACUUGGUUUCUAGCCCCAGAGAGCAAGAGGUUACCUUGCAAAGAGCCUUCCUUUUCUUCAAGUUUAGGAGGGCAAGAUGGGAGCUAGGACCAUUCACUUUGUGUGAGUAUAUUGCCAAAGUUAAGUACAAAUUUUCAGUGUGACUGUCAAGUAGUUCAAGGGGAAGGAAGUCCAGCAAUGACUGAGACUUCAGUGUGCAAACAGAAAAACUGCAUUCCAGCCAUGGAGCCAUGGAGCCAGAACCUGUGUAAGGGGUAAAGCAUUAACUUUAUCUGACAAAGCUUAGAUCUGAUAGGUAAUGUCCCUACCAGAUGUGAAAUUUUGUGUUGGCACAAAAUUUAUAGUAUACAGUUAUACUCCAAAGGAGAUCCAGAUAAAAAUACACAAACCUGUUUGUGUCCUUUCUGUAGCUAGAAAUCCCUAGAGUACUUCACUCAGUAUCACCCAUGUUUUUGUUAUUUCUCAUAUAUAGGCAUCAUUAUGUCUUUGUCCAUGCUACUACCUGUGGCUUUUUAAAGCUUUUUAUUCAUUUGUGUAUGAAGUUUGGAGGGAGAGUACAUGUGCCAUGGCACAGGGUUUCUCUCUGUAACAGUCCUGGAACUCACUUUGUAGACCAGGCUGGCCUUGAACUCACAGAGAAUCUGCCUGCCUCUGCCUCCUCAAUGCUGGAAUUAAAGGCAGAGCCGCCAACUCCUGGGGUGUUUUAAUUUUUAAGACUCUCAUACUUCCUAGACAGUCCAUAGCAUCUCAGAAACCACAGACUGGCUAGACUUCCCCUUUUACUAGGAACUUAAUAUUGGUCCAUUUUUUCUAUUUAACACUUUACUGCUUUUGGAGAGAACUUACAUCAUAGUGUUAUUAAUAUGGAAAGUUAGUGUAGAGAUUAAAACAGUUUAAAGACAAGGAACAUCUGGGAUGUUUUUAUUUUAACUACAAAGUUUCUCAGAAGGGUAAAAAGAGCAUAAAUAUUUCUACUCAAAUAGCAAAUGCACCUUAUCUGUUUUCCAAAUUCAGUAUGUGCCUCUUAAAACAGAAUUUAAUCAGAAGGCUGUGUUCCUACACAGCUUACCCUUAGCUAAAUAUGACUCCUGUAAUGAAAGUCAAACACCAUAUGGUGACUGCCAACAGGGCCUCCCUCUCCAGGAGUAGUGAAGUACAAGUUCGACACAGUUCCUUCCUUCUGCUUUCUUCCUGGGCAGCUGCUUGUCACUUCCACCGCCAUACAUAACUUGCUUGGUUUCCCAUCUUGUGUUUUUCUGCUUUGUCCAUCUUUGUCUAGGUAAUGCCAGCCAUCACUGCACCCGACUUUACUCAAACAAAAGAAAAAGUCUACCUUCAGCUACCUUUUCAUUCAGUGUUAGCCACAGUUUAAUGCCAAGGCUAGCCCUUUAAGAUUUUGUUCUCCAAUUAGGUUAGCCAGUAUUCACUUACUUCUUUAACACAGUGUGAAGCUGGGUACUCUUUCUCCAGACAUAAAACUUUUCUUUUUAUCACUGCUUGCUCUAACCUUUUGAAAGUUAACUUUGAAAACCAACUAGUAUAACCUUCAGUAGUAAACUGAAAGUUAUGAAUAGUUUUUAAAGUUAAAAUGAGGUGGGGUUUUGCAUACCUGGAAUCCUGGUACCUAGAGAUAAAAGCUAGAAGGUCAGGGCUUUAAUGCCAACUUUAGCUACAAGAUAGCUACAAGAGACCCUGUCUCAUUAAACAAAAGCAAAAACACUAAGACAUUCAAUCUACAAAUAAAAAUACUGCAUGGUCACUACAUGGUGAACUCAGCAGCUAUGAUUACUGCAUAAAAUUUGGUCUGUUGACAACCCAUUAAAGAGGGACUCAUGAGCCCCACCCCUCCAUGAGAUUCUGCAGGCAGUUGAUGAUUCCUUGGGGAAGAGGAGUCAUAUUUCUCAGUUGUAUAGGCACUGGUAAAGUUACCCAUGAUAAUGUAAAUAGCUAUGUUCCAGAAAGUAGCCCUAAAUGUUUGCUCACGUACUUUCUUGUGCAUGUGUCUGUGUGUAGUAAAAGAUGAAUAGGCUGAGUUGUGUCCCCCAAAAUUUAUGUUAAAACCUUAACCUCCAAAACCUGUGAUGGUGUUACCAACUUAACACAUCUAAAAAUCCUAUGAGAAGUCUUAAUAGCAUAUCACCUUAUGUUGAAGUGAGAAGACCCACCCACCCACUGUAGGCAGCAGCACCAUUCCCUAGGCAAGGAUUCACUGAACACUGGUGUCAGAUUCCCAAGAAACUCAGGACAAAUAGCUAUGGCUGUAUUCUCCUUCAUAUCUAUAA